AAACAUAGCAACAAAACACCACACAGCGCUGGAGAAUCACUCAUUUACAGAAUCUAAACGUUAUUCCUGUAUUUAGAAAUGUCAUGGCUUCAAAAUCCGACCAGCUGCUCAUUGUGCUCUCUAUUCUCGAAGGUCGUCAGUUCCCCAAGAGCCAGCGACACACACUGGUGGUACAAGCAAAGUUUGAUGGGGAACAGUUAGCAACAGACCCUGUGGAGCAUAACGAUCAGCCACAGUUUUGUACUGAGCUAGCAUGGGAGCUUGAUCGCAGGACUCUUCACCAGCAUAGACUCCAGCGGACACCCAUUAAGUUGCAGUGUUAUGCAGUUGAUUCAAAUACUUCUGCGAAGGAAUGUGUUGGGUAUAUUGUCCUGGAUCUCAGAUCACUACAAGAGGUUAAGCAGCCUCCAAAAUGGUAUCCUUUGCUGAGUAGCAAGUACACCAAACUAAAGCCAGCGUUGUUGUUGAGCAUGGUCUUGGAAAAUGAUACAAAACAGCAGCCUGAUCAACCUGAGCAGUUCAAGGCAAAGAAAGCUCCAGCGAGGCCAGGUUCUCCUGUAAUAGCAAAUCUAGAGUCAAUAAAAUUGGAGGCUGUUCUAAAUGAAGAAGAAGGAUACCAUCAAAUCGGACCAGCAGAUCUUUGCAAAGACUUUUUUGUUUUGUCAGUCACUGUGGCCUUUGCAUCCAGACUGGAACAGUUAAUUUCCAGUUCAACAAAGCUGGCCAAAGAGGGAUCAGAGUUUUUCUUCUUUUACUCUCUACUGGGCAAUGAUGUCACCAGUGAACCCUUUAAAAACCCCAUCACUCCAGACUUUGAGCCAGAACGAGCCUCAGUACGGAUCUGCAGCAAUGAAAAGCUUCUACGGCUCUUUUUCAGACAGCAGCAAAACCUUCAGCUCCAUCUCUGCUGUGGAAACCAGUCUCUUGGGAGCACUGAGGUCUCUCUUGCUGCACUGGUGAAGAGCAGUGUGGACCUGGUCAGUCAGGUGGCCACUGUAGAGGGAACCUUUGUCUUGAAGCCCCCAAAUCGCUCAAAGCUGAACCUUCAGUCAGUCGCUGCAGAUUUACAGCCAACGGUUGGGGUGGCAGUAACACUGAGACGAGAGACAGUUGGUGCUGAGGUAUACAAACUGCCCGAUCCGGGAAGAUGGGGAGAUGGGCUUAGAACUCCAGUAAAGAAAGGCCCGGCAGUGGAUGUCUGUCCUGAGCCAGCUCCAGCUGAGACAGAGGCACGAAGCCCAACUCCUGUCCAGCCCUGCAAGGCAUCAUCACUCUCAUCUGAUCAUCAGCAUUCAGAGAGUGAAGCUGAGAGCCUGCUUGAUGAUCGACCAGAACGAACAGAAUUACCAGUGACCGUGCCGACGGUCCCCGGAGAUGCGCCGCUGCAGAGUGAAGCCGAAGUUCACGCGUCCUCCGUUUCUGUGUCGGCCCCAAAGAUCUCCAUCCCACCCUCAGCACAUCAUUACUGCUUCUCCCUGGAUCUGCGCAGUGUCAGGGAUCUUAAUGUGGGCUUUCCUGUGAACUGCACUCUGAGAUACUCGUACCAGUUCUUCGGGAGUGCAGCCCCCAUUAUGACGAAUCCUGCAGUGGAGGUUAAAAAAAACACAGAAGUCUUCCUGCCUCAGUCCUACUGUGCCUUCGACUUUGCUGCACUACCUAAUCAGCUCCAAGAUACAUUUCAGAGAGUUCCUUUGGUUGUGGAGAUGUGGCAUCGAGACUCCAAUUCCAGAGACUUGCUACUUGGCACAGCCAGCAUUCAGCUUUCCCAUCUUCUCACAUCCGAGAAGACCCGCUUUCUUGACCAGUCUGGCCAGCAGCAUUGGAGACAAACCUAUGCCGAGAGACUGGCUGUCAUCAAAACAUCAGGAUCAAAUGAAAAGGUGGCUGAGCUUAGUUAUGUGACCGUUUUGGAAGACAUGGGUGUAGUGAAAGCCCAAGACAUCCUCAUAUCUGAAUCAUCACAGAGUAUGAAUCAGGUGCAGCCGAAGACAGCAGCUACCUCUCAGCCUCAUGGUGGGGUCGAGGUAGGAAGCAAACCUCGAGAGACUCUGGAGUACAGAGCAGCAUUGGAGCUUGAGAUGUGGAAGGAAAUGCAGGAGGAUCUGUUUGAUAACCAGCUGAAGCAGAAAGAACUGAGCCAUAUGCAGACCCUGGCAGAAGAGUGGAGGAAAAGAGACCGGGAACGGGAGGCACUUGUUAAAAAGAAGGAGAUGGAAUAUAAUCUGUUGGAAGAGCAGCUACAGAAGACUCUUGCUGAACUGGAAAAGAGAGAGAAGACCCUUGCUCAUGCAGAGAUGGAGACACAGAGGCUGCAGCGUGAAAUGCGGGUGGAGCACGAGUUCAGCAUGCGUGAGCUCCAGGAAAGCACCCGGCGUUUACGUGAAGACUGCACACAUCAGGUGGAGCUGGAGAGGUCAAAGGUCAGGCAGCUUGAGGAGGACCUUGCCAGGCAGCAACAGCAGUCAAAAGAUGCUGAAAAGAAAUACAAACUCCUGGAAAAAGAAUUUCAGCAAUAUCGUGACCAACAGAACACCCGGCCUGAGAUCCAUUUACAGUCCGAAAUCAACCUGCUUCGACUGGAGAAGUCGGAACUGGAAAGGAAAUUGGAAUCUACAACUAAAUCUAAACUACAUUACAAGCAGCAGUGGGGCCGCGCUCUGAAAGAGCUCGCCAGAUUUAAGCAGAGAGAACAAGAGAAUGCCAUGACACGGCUGAAGAAGCAGCAGCAAGAACUAGAGCACAUGAGGCUGCGGUAUCUGGCAGCCGAGGAAAAGGAAGCUGUCAAGAACGAGAAACAUGAGCUCGAGGACAUUCGCAACGAGCUGAACAGGUUAAAGCAGCAGGAUGAGAAGAAAACAUGGAACGAGCCAGCCGGUGUAUCCCUGAAUGAGAGCGCUGAUGAGCAUCUGAGUCGGCUGUUGGAGGAGAGAGACACACUGCUGCGUACGGGCGUGUACACACACGAGGACCGGAUCAUAGCUGAACUCAACAGGCAGAUUCAAGAGACCAUGACCAACAGACAUGUCAGCUGAGAUAAGAACUGUCAUUAUUUUACAGACAAUGCAACAAAACAAGCAUUAAUACUGUUGUAGUAGCAACAUUAGAACAGCAUUGCUGGGGGUCAUAGGAAACGUAACAUUCCCAAAUGAUAUAGAGUAUAUAAUAGAGUAUUUUGGUAAUUCUUUCAUUUUUUUUUAAAUUAUUUUAAUUCAUUUUAAAUGAGCGUGAGUGUGUGUGCACAUGCUCUAGUGCGGGUGCCCGUGUGCACGGUUUGCUGUGGAGAUCAUGCCUGUGGUUUCAGUGAGUGUGAAUGAGAUGACAGCAGGCGGCGCUAUCUCUCAAGAAAUAGUCCCAUUAAUAAUAAUACACAGUUCAUGUAUUUACAGACAUUGUCUCUGUUUAUUGUAUGGUGUAUACGUUCGUGUGCUGUUUUUUAUUGUUUCUUCUCUUUCUGUUCGUCUAAUAAAUAAUUUAUUGCUUUUUUUA